UUGUUUCCAGGUGCAUGUGAAAAUUGCGGUGCAUUCGGACACGUCAAGCGAGACUGCUUUGAACGACCUCGUAAGAUUGGCGCAGCUAAAACUGGUGAAGACAUUGCUCCGGACGAUUACGUACAACCGAAUCUUCUCCUUGAUUUCGAUGCUAAAAGGGAUCGAUGGAAUGGAUUCGAUCCGAGCACGCAUGAGCAGGUCAUCAAAGAGUUCGAACAUUUGGAGGAAGCUAGAAAAGCAAUUCGCGCUGAACAGAUCCAAGCUGGUCUUCUUGAUCCUGGCAAAGAAGGCGUCACUGAUGACGACAAGUAUGCCGAAGAUGCUGACAUGGCUGGUGUGUCCGUUGAUAUGGAUUCUCGUACAAGAAUUACUGUCCGAAAUCUGAGAAUUCGCGAGGACACUGCUAAGUACCUGUUCAACCUUGCGGAAAAUUCGCCGUAUUAUGACCCGAAGUCUCGUUCGAUGAGAGAAAAUCCCUUUGCCAAUGUCCAAGGAAAAGAAAAAGAAGCCGCACGCUUUGCUGGAGAAAAUUUUAUCAGGUAUACUGGCGAAGUUGUCGAGGCCAAUGAAGCACAGGUUUUUGCAUGGCAAGCGCGUUGCAAAGGCAUUGAUGUUCAUGCAUUGGCCGAACCCACAAAGCUUGAAGCUUUGAAGAAAGAGUUCAACAAAGAGAAGUCUACCACUGACAAUGAACAGCGCAAGGUAAAAUAUUUUUCUGCUUUUUUUCGCUCAUUUUUGCCUUUUGCAUUCAACACCCAGGUUUCCCCUCUAGCAUUUCCUUCAAAAUUCAACUAAGU